GCAAAGGAAACUGUAAUCGGCCAUGUCGUGUUAGAGCUCAGUCCAGGAACGAGCGAGUCCGAGUCACACCGUCGUUUACUACUUAUUCAUGCACUGAAAACCUUUAAACUGCAGCGCUGAAAGCAACACAUCCACCCUCUCGUUUGACCGAGGACACAUUCAGUGGGAUUUCGUUGCGUUAUUACAACAAAAAGGGAAAACAUGAGCGGAGGAGGAACGCCGUACAUCGGCAGCAAAAUUAGCCUAAUCUCCAAGGCCGAGAUCCGCUAUGAAGGAAUUUUAUACACCAUUGACACCGAAAACUCGACAGUAGCUCUUGCUAAAGUUCGCUCUUUUGGCACUGAAGACCGGCCCACCGACAGGCCAAUUCCACCUCGGGAUGAAGUGUUUGAGUACAUCAUUUUCAGAGGAAGUGAUAUUAAAGACCUAACAGUAUGUGAGCCACCCAAAGCCACUAGCACCCUGCCUCAGGACCCUGCCAUUGUUCAAUCAUCACUUGGAACCAGCAAUUCUGCACCUCCACCACCAUUCCAGUCAGCUGGAUCCUAUGCUCCUCCGUACAGCAGAGCCCCUGUCCAACCGUACAGUCAGUUUGGUGUGACACCGCUCGCAGCUCAGCAGUUUGGCUCUGCUGCAACCGGGGGACGAACCAGUCCCCAGCUGGACUCUUUAAAAAAACCUCCUACCCUGGAGCAGACAGUGCAGGCUCCUUCAUCAGCAGCAGCUGCACCACCUGUACCUGUAGGACAGAGGAGUCAGGCUGCAGCCCCUAGACCCAUCAGCAACACCAUUGGCAGCCAGAAGCCCCCAGACCUCCUGGAGCAGAGAAAAGCUCCUGAGGUUCAAAAGGUGUCUCAGCCGGAUCAUGAACAUGGAGCUGUGGAAAACCGAGAUCCCAACAAGCACCAAGCUUCUGCUGCUGCUCAGUCAAUGCGCCGCGGCCGUGGUAGAGGAAACCGGAGCAGAGGCAAAAUGAACGUGCGCAGGGAUGGCCCCAUGAAGUUUGAAGAAGACUUUGACUUUGAGACUGCCAACGCCCUGUUUCACAAAGACGAGAUUGACAAAGAGCUUCAGAACAAGCUCAAGCUGAAGGAUGACAAGCCUGAAAAGGCGCUGAAUGGGGAAGAAACUGCUGAGUCAGAAAAUCCAGCCAAUGAGGGGACCAAUGAGGAGGAGGAGGCUGCGAUAAAUUCAUGUUACUACGACAAGACCAAGUCCUUCUUUGAUAACCUGUCCUGUGAUGAUCUGAGUAAAGGGGGGGACAGAGGAUUUUCACGCGAGAGAAGGUCAAACUGGGCAGAAGAGAGGCGAAUGAAUUCUGAGACUUUCGGCAUCCCUCUAAGGCACAGCAGAGGAAGAGGUGGUUAUGGUUACCGUGGUCGAGGCUUCAUGGGGCCCAGAGGAGGCCGAGGGCGCCCGCUAAGCAGAGGCUCUUUCGGGCCACCCCGGGGCCCUCCACCUGGUUUCCGAGGUGGAUUCAGAGGCGGCCGAGGAGGACGGGACUUCUCUGAUUUUGAAUACAGGAAGGAGAACAAGGUGGCUGCAUAGUACAGCUUUGGUGGAUCCACAGAAUAGAAGCCCUGCAUCAUGAAAUAGUUCCUGUUGAAGAAGGUCUUUGGUUUCAGGAUUCGACACAGAAUGAAGACAUCCUCUCAGUCACCAGCACUAACGUCGUGUGCUUUACUCGAGGGGAUGCGAGUGCAGCUCCCUGUCCUCCACUCUGAUAAACAGGCUCUUUUUGUUUUUUCUUCUUUGUUUACCCCACUCACACCUGUAUAUAAAUAGCUCUGGAAUACCAGUAAUCCUGCAAUUUGUGCAUCAAUCAAGUUAAUUUCUUCCUGAAAGUGUCUUUGAUAUUGAAAGCUGAGUGGAUCACAGUUCCUGUGAUGGAUAGCUUUAUUUUCUUAUUGUCAUCGUAGUUCUCAGAUUUCAUUAGUUUGGUUGAUAUUUGUUCAGUAUUUUUCACUUUGUUAGCAGAAAACUUUUUUUUUUGGACAUUCAUAAUUUCACAUUGAAAAGGCAAGAGGAACAUCCUGAACUGAAUAUUGUUAUGAAUGUAAAUCUUCCAUCUAUCCAAACACACACACAGCAAAAUGUGCAAAACACUCAAAAGUUCAAGUUUAGAGUUUCAGAAAUGUGCAUUCAGAAGAUCAGACUGUAACCCUCAAACCUCCUGGAUCAGAUGAACUCUGUUUUUUUGCUUUACAUUUCCAGCUGAACUUCUGAUUGAGGUUUUACAGAGUUCGCUUUCGAGGUAUUUGUUGGCAGUAGAUUUGACUGGGUUUCUAAUAAGGGAGAGUUUUCUUGAUUUUUGUCUGAUGAUGAGGAACAUCCGUUACUAUAAAAGCCUCUAGAAAGCCGUGAGUUAAUUCAGACCAAACCUGCAGCCAGGCUGACCUUGAACAAGUUAGAUUCGGAUUAAAAAUGUUUUGCUAUUUUGCCAAAAAAGGAACUCUUAAACAUUUAGUUGAGUUGAAGUCAUUCACUGCCCAGAAAUACAGGUUUUGAUUUUUAGUUGUUCACUUUUCUUUAUGUCCAAACAACAUGAGCAGUCAGUUAAAGCAUUCUGUAAAAGCAUUCAGCUUCCUUGAAAUUGUCUUACAGUUGUGUCAUGUGCAUUGUUAUUGUUUCCAGUGCAGACCUGAGUACCUGCAGUGAUGUCAUGAUGUUAGCUGAAAAAUGGGAUUCUUGUAAAUGGAUUGAAAAAUGUCAAAGAAGACGUUCAGUAAUAAUGAAAAAAAUUCUGCUAGAUAUCAGCUCACUGGCUUGUUUGUAGCUCCUCUUGUUGCAUUGUUGGCGAUGUGAUUGUUCUCUUGAAUCAACACUUCUCUUUUUUUUUUUACUCAUUUGCGAUCAAAGGGACUAGAACUGGAUGUGGUGCCAGUGUGCUGGAGGGAGGGUGAAUAUUACUUUAGUCUUUUGGGCUCUGAUCUGUUAUUACUUUAGAGACUUCAGAGUGAUUUUAUACAGCUCUCCCUUUAACGACGCUUACAGAGUAUUGAAAGCACUACAAGGUGAAAUGGUGAAAAGGUUUCACAGAUUGCUCAUCACUGCAUGAUAGCCAGUACCAGGUACCAUCACUUUAUAUGAGCUUUCUUAAUAAACCAACAAUGCUGAAUUGGAGACGAAAACUCAUGACUGAACUUAUAGCUGACGUGUUUUUCAUAUGUUUGUUACUCCUUCCAGUCACUGGAAUUGUAAACCAGAAAUUGUUUUCUUGAGAAUAUCAACAAAAUUGAGUUUUUACGUAAAAUAAAGAGUUGUACAAUA